UGUCACAAAGAUAAAUGCGGACAUUGCGGAGAUCUAUUACAGUUUUUUCCGAUUGCUAACACACAAAAAUGACAUGCACAGCACAAUUAUUUAAACUGACACACAGAGAGCAAAACUUCUUCUCAAGUCUCCAAAAGUCUAAACACCUUUUCUGCUUUACACACAUUUUGCAUUUAAAAAUGGCACUUUUUAAAUGCACUGAACACAGUUCUCUGCAUAAGACACAACAAUCUGACAUAAAGUCACAUGUUUGCCAUUUCAAAACACUGCCAUUCAAAAUGACACUACAUGAGCUAAUUGGCCAAUUACAUGUGCCACCUGGCCAAACACCUCAAUGGUUAAUUGUUAACACUUCAAUCAGGAAGUAAGCACUAUGAAAAGAAGAGGAAGAGGAAGAGGGAGGUUGAGAAUAAGCGGGGAGAAAGAGUGAGAGGUAGGGGUAGAGCAGGUAAAGGAGUUCAUGGCCAAAGAAGACAAACACUUUCAAAUGAAAUCAGAGCAACCUUAGUAGAUCAUGUCAUCAACCAUGGGCUGACAAUGCGUGAGGCUGGACAGAGAGUGCAGCCAAACUUGAGCCGUUUUACUGUCGCUUCUGUCAUCCGGACCUUUAGACUGGAGAACAGGUAUGUAACCAAAAUUUCAUGUAGUACACAUGUAGUAUACCCCAUGUCAUAGUGUAUCAGUUGGGUGACACCUGUUUACAUAGUGUAUGACAUCAGCCAUUCAUGAACUGUACAAGUUUGCUGUACAAUGUACUCUACUGUGGGGGAAAAUAUUUAGGCUGCAUUGUCCAAGCCCUAUAUAUAUUUUUAUUUUAUUUUUUCUAAAGGACUGAGAGACGACACCAUGGUGGAGGAAGGGGCCAAAUGUUCACCGGGGUACAGGAAGCUGCCAUUGGAAACUUGGUUUUGGAAAAUAAUGAAAUCAGAUUACGAGAAAUUCAAAGCCACAUCAUCAAAUACAACAUCUUAUUCAACAACAUUCAACGAGUUAGUCUGUCCACAUUGGCUCGCAUUCUCAAGCGAAACCAAAUCAGAAUGAAACAACUUUAUAAGGUGCCGUUUGAGAGAAACUCUCAAAGAAACAAAGAGUUCAGACGAGCAUAUGUGGAUGGAGUACUGGAAAUCGAUGCUCAUGCAAUCCCACAUGAGUUCAUCUUUAUAGAUGAGGCUGGGUUCAACCUAGCAAAGACCAGAAGAAGGGGGAGAAACCUUAUUGACCACAGAGCCAUUAUAGAUGUUCCUGGCCAACGUGGUGGGAACAUCACAAUGUGCGCUGCCAUCUCCAACAUGCAUGGUGUCCUCCACCGUCAUGCCAACCUUGGACCAUACAACACAGCCCAUAUUCUCACAUUUCUGGACAGACUUCACAACAUUCUCAUACCACCAGAGCGUAUGAAUGAUGCAGACCAUCAAAGAAACCGGUACGUUGUAUUAUGGGACAACGUGAGCUUUCAUCGUGCAGCCCCAGUCCAAAACUGGUUUGCUGACCACCCAACAUUUCUCGUGCAAUACUUCCCACCAUACUCAACAUUUCUGAACCCCAUAGAAGAAUUAUUUUCGGCAUGGCGGUGGAAGGUAUACGACCGUCAGCCCUUUGUGUGCAUGCCUCUUGUGCAGGCCAUGGAAGACGCAUGUGAUGAGAUUGAUGUGGGUGCAAUUCAGGGAUGGAUAAGACACUCAAGGCGCUUCUUCCCUCGAUGUCUGGCAAGGGAAGAUAUUGCCUGCGAUGUUGAUGAGGCGUUGUGGCCCGACCCGUCUGUACGGCAAGAUGCUGCCUAAUUAUUUUUCUUGCCUCUUUUUUUUUUACUGUAAUAUAUUUUUUUCAGUAAUUUUCUUUUUCAGUUUACUGUUUUUUGUAAGAAUAUUUUAGUUCAGUCCCAUGUUAAUAUAUCUGCUGUGCAUAUG